AUGCUGAUUCUGGCAGUGAGUGCAAUGCAAAAAUGUCGUGGUGAGAAAGUCCUACAGUCCCUAACCAGGCUGUCCAUCAACCAUGAGGACUCGCUGAAUACACUUCAGCAGGAACUGAGCUGGGUCAUGUACCUGACCACCGGUGAGCUGUCCAUUCUACCGAACAUCUAUGCGGAGAAGUCCAAAGACGCUUCGAAGUUGUCUACUCCAUUCAGAACUCGAGCCAUGAGAUUGGUCUUGGAGCAGACCUUAGAAAGAGUAGAGCAGAUUCAGACUAAAGAAGACGUGCUAGCGGAUGCGGAGAAAGAGGGUUGGGUGGUACGUGUGAAGGACACCGAAGCUCCAGCCUUUGUCUACCAGCAGUGGAGCAGUGAGCAAGACAAGACGGUGCAUGACACUGCUCGAAGGGCAGUCCCCGCAGAAGACGUCGUUCAAUUGCUCAAAACGUGCUUGGAGGAGCUUGCGCAGCACCCACAGUUGAUCUCCAGGCUCAUGCCAUCACGUCCGAUCGUCGAGAAGAUGACAGGUGGCCCAGUUCGAGUUCACAUCCAGGUCCAACUCCAACAUCUCAAAGGUAAGUUCCAUCAAGCCCUGUCCGGACUCACGGACAAUGCAGUCUGGGCAGCCAUUGAAGGCUCACUAAGGCCAGGGAGCGUUCAGCGUAGUCCAACAGCUAAGUCGCUUGCAAAGCAGGCAUCCGGCAGCAGCUAG